ACUACGACUCCCGGCAUGCCCCGCGGGAGAAGACUCCUAGGGGGGCGGAAGCGCGCCCGCUCAGCGCACGCGCACUCGGAAAGAGAAGAGGAAGACUUCCGGCUGGGCGUCGAUUUGACGGUUUGGGCGCCGUUGCUGUCUAUGGUGCUCCUCUGAACGCUGAGCGGGCGGCCAGGCAGGCCGGAAUGCUGGGUGCUUGCCGUCGCCCGUGCCUCUUUCGAUCCUGGGGAAGGCGUCUCCCAAAUGCCGCUUGGUUGGGGCAGUCGGAAAAGGCCUCGCUCCCUUCCUUUAGAACGCGACCAGCAGUGCACCCGUGUGGCUGGCAGAGUCCUGCAGUCCGGCAAGUCCUGCCCAGAUGGCUUGGCAUUUCAGCCCCUUCUCAGCCGGCCCUGGAGGAAAAAAACGCCGAGAGCCCCAAAGACUUCAGACUGAUUUACAGGUUCCCCGGGAUCCGGUACUGCCGAGCCCUGUCAAGGUUGAAACUACUUCAGACAGCCAUUACGGCGCUGAUUCUCCCUCCAGUCUGGCUUCUCCACUGGCAAGACCAAGUGACCCAAGCCCAGUGUCUCUACAGCACAGGCAUCGCUUGCUUUGCCGGCUUCAUGCUGUAUGCCAUGAGUUAUUACUUCCGGCGAAUCGUAGGACUGAUGUACUUGAACCAAGACGGCACGGUGCUAAGAGUGGCUCAUUUGACGUUUUGGGGGAGGAGGAAGGACUUCUGCUGCCCGGUCGAAACUGUGAUGACCUUGGCUGACCUUGGUGAAGACAGGAACGAGCUUCUGGUCUGCCUCCAGCGGUACGACAGGGAUCAUUUCUUCUACUUCACUCUCCGCUUUGGGCAGGUUGUGGACGAGGAAGGGUUCAGAAGGGUAUUUGGAACAGUUUAGGAAGCGGCGAGGAAACUCCGAUGGACAAAUUUGCCAGUGUCUGGAAGCCACUGGGGGGGCCUCGUCUUUAAUUCAGCGCAGGGAUAGGUCAGUCCACGCUUCAGCCCGCCAUUCUGGGAGACGUCUCUCACACGAGACGCAUCAUGAGUUACGUUUCACAGAGGUGUCUUUCCUUGAGGGAGUGCGUUCCCUCCAGCACCCCGAGGUCUCCCUGUACUGGAUGUGGGUGGGGAUGUCCUCUCUUAGAGGUGCCAGUUGCCAGCUGGGGACAGGGGAUCCCCCAAUUUUGGGGGCUCCCCCCCCAAAAGCCAGCCAGCAAUCCUCCACAGCCCUGCUUAAAAAGACGGGGCGCUGUGGACGCCUGCCCUGCAAACCACGAAUUCACAGUCGUAAUAUGCAGGGCAUUUUUUGUAGCAGAAACUCCUCACCCACCUCACAGGGUGUCUGUUGUGGGGGAGGAAGGGAAAGGAGAUUGUGAGCCGCUCUGAGACUCUUCGGAGUGGAGGGCGGGAUAUAAAUCCAAUAUCUUCUUCUUCUUCUUUGCAUAUUAGGCCACACACCCCUGAUGCAGCCAGUCCUCCAGGAGCUUACAGUAGGCCCCGUACUAAGAGCCCUGCAAGCUCCUGGAGGAUUGGCUACAUCAGUGGGGUGUGGCCUAAUAUGCAAAGGCGUUCCUGCUACAAAGAAAGCCCUGAUAAUAUGUCACUGUUGGAGCCAGGCCGGGGGGGGGGGGGGAUGAGGGGACUCGGGAGUGGUCUGCUGGCUUCUGUGGGAUAAUUAUUGCUUCUUUUAGAUGGGGAUCUUCCAAGCCAUAGGUCUAGAAUGUCGUGUUCCACCUUGUUACUUGCGACACCAGAGAACUAUGGGAUUCCUACAUUAAACUUUAAAAUGUCCAA